AUGACAAGUGUCAUGCUGUUUAAAAUUUUCAAAACUCAGUAUGAAAUAAUUAUUUACAUUGGAUUAAUUUUAUUAUCCUGCAGCAAUGUUACCAGUUUGAUGCCAGAAGCGAGUCAGGAAGGUGCUUUGCAUGCUUUCAAAAGCUACAGUGACGUUGCUACGUUCCAUUACACAGUUCCUAAAGAAGUUUAUCGAGCUACAUGGCAGUUUGCGGCUUUUAUGGACGGGAAAAAUUGUGCUCCACGUGAAGUACACAUAUACUUGCAAUGGGGCAGUUACCCAGUGAUAACAGCGAACAAUGAAUCAUUCCCACCAAAUAUGUACCCUGGGAGGAAUGACACCAUCAGGGUGACAGCUGUUACAGCCUAUGACUUCCAGACGACCACGAUCGUUCCUGUCAACAGCCCAGAACCCGGUGAUUGGUUUGUUGGGGCUUACAUGAGCCAUUGGGAUGAAAAAGUUCAACAGGAGGGAAUCGGACACAAGUGUCAUUAUAGCAUUGGUUCAGUAGCUGUUUGGUUGCAAGCUAAUGGCAUUCAGAGUAUACCAAUUGGUCAUGAAAAUACUAUGACUACUAGUCAGCCUUCAACGUAUUACAAGAUAUUUAUACCAUCGGGAACGUGGAGGUUUGAUGUAAAAAUAUGGGAUUGUAAAUUUAAAAUUGCAUCUUUAAAUAAAACAUCCAAAAAUUGUAUAAAAGGAUUAGCAUUGCAAGGACUUACAAUGCCGGUUUUUAAUCAUACUAACAGUUAUAAAAUGAACAGCUUGCCAGUAAAUACUACACAUACGUUUACUGAACGUACUCCUCACGAUGAUAGUUACUAUUAUUUACUAGUAGUAUCCGACAGUAUAGUUGAAUUUAAUGUUAAAGUAUCUAUUUCUGAAUGUCCAAUUAAAAUAACAGAAAAUGCAUUAAUGCAUCAUUGGGUCUCAAAUAUAAGUAUAAAUUACACAAGCCACCAACUAAUGAUAAGCGACAAGAAUUCUCAUGGUCUAGAAAAUGAGAACAAAGACGACCCGUGUCCUCGUCGGUUCCAGCUGAUCCGAGUUAAACAAAUCCAGACCUUUUCUGGCGUCUAUUUGUUCCAAGGACGAGAGUGGCUUACUCCGUGGAUCUUAUUGACUGAUAACUAUCCAGUGAUUGCGCAGUUCAACAUACUACCGCUGGUGGAUGUCGGCGGCUCGUUGGACGUCGGAGUGCAUUUGGAAGUUGAUAAAUUUGCGACGCAACAGCAGGUUAUUGUUAUUGCCUGUGUUCGUCGGUCUCAAGUACCUGAUCGCCAUAAUGGGCUAAUUGUUUGCCAUGACAAUCGAAUGAUGAUGAAUCUCUCUUCUACUGAUAGACGCGAUGCCCAUUUAUUGAUACCCUAUCCGCAGCCGGAUACCUGGCAUGUUGCUUUGCAAACUAGAUGUUUAAGUAAUGGGAAAGUCGUUGCUUGUGAUGUUAAUGAAAUAUUGGUAUCGUUAAAUAUUCAUACAAGACAAUGUGUUUUUUCCGGGUCAAAAUCUUGCGGUAAUCAUGGAAUUUGUGAAGAAAUUCAUCGUGGAUUACUUCAUUACACAACUUGCAGUUGCUUUGGCGGAUACAAAGGCUGGGGAUGUACAGACGACACUAACGUAAAUAUCCAUUCAUCACUGCUAAUGUCAUUUUUAAUGCUAAUUUUAAGCAACGGAUUCUUCUUACCCGCUAUUUACUUAGCAAUAAAACGCAAGCUGUACACCGAGUCCCUGGUAUAUUUUUCGACCAUGUUAUUUUCUUCUUUAUACCACGCGUGUGAUCAAAAAUUCAUGACGUACUGCAUCGCCAACUACGAAGUUCUCCAAUACUGCGAUUUUUUUUCAAGCAUCCUAGCAUUCUGGGUAACCCUGGUCGCGAUAGCGCGUCUUCCACUCCACUUAGUCCCAGUCUGUCACAUGUUCGGCGUGUUCAUAAUAGCAUUUUGCGUCGAGUCCAACAAGACCGGACUGACAAGUAUAUUAGUGCCUUUAGCAAUCGGUAUAGUAAUCCCUAUUGGAUCAUUAGUUUAUAAUUUUUACAAAUUGAAAAUACGAAAAUUGUCGCGUAAUUUGCUCGUUAAAUUGUUCAUAGGCUUAGGACUGGCGAGUAUUGGUUUGCUUUUAUUUACAACUGUCGAAACAGAGGCUAAUUAUCAGUACACUCACAGUAUGUGGCACGUGAUAAUCGCACUGUCAUUGAUAUUCUUAUUACCACCGACUGCAGGCUCUAGCAGCAGCUCUAGCGCUAUUGAAUCUAGCAGCGGUUCCGACAGCGAGUUAGUUAAUUUAAAAAACCAUUCAGACAGUCCCGUGUUUACUGUUAAUCUAGAUCAAGAGUCUUCUUCUAUUGCCAAUGAAAAUAGUUAA